AAAAUGAGAACGGCCAUGGCUUCGUCGCUGUUGAACGGCGAGAGAGCCGUGGUUGUUCUCUUCAUCUCCCCCAUCCUCGUGGCCACUCCUUUCUCUCUCCUAUCGGAGUCCUGUUUCCUCUUUCUCCUCACCCUCUUCGCCCUAUUCCUCGAGAUAUUCGCCGAAUCUUCCAAUUCACUCGACCAAUUCAAGAUCAGGCAUGCAUUCCCCUCAAUUCUAGCUCUUUAUCCAUUUAAAUCACGUUUUACGGUUAGGGUUUCUCGUUUGAGGCCAGGAGCUUCGUCCGGGAUUCUACUGGGAACUGUCACACUACCAGGUCUUAUGAUCUCAAAGUUGAUACAACUGUCGAGAGUUCUAUCAUUACAGCAAACUGGCUUUGAAGGGUUGGGAAAUCCCUAUUCAGUUUGUCUUAUUCUUCCUUUGGAGUUACGCUUUGUUGGUAAAACAAAGGUGUUCAAUUUGAGUUUUCCUUCCACAGAGCUUGAAUAUCUUCGGUUGCAAUAUUGGGCUGCAUCUGCUUGCUGCUUCAGUGUCCUUGUAUUCCUUGGCUUUGUUCUUCGACCACAGUCUAGCAGUAUACAUCCUGUUGCAGCACACGGUUAUUGGGGUGUAAAGAUUAGCAUAAGUUGCAUAGCUCUUUAUGCAGCAGCAUGCUUUGUGGAUUUUGCUACAAAAUCACAUUUUGGCUGGUCUCUGGCAUUAAAGUUGUUAUGGUUGCUCUGUCAAGGUUUUGCUGCUGUGAGAUUAAUUCAACAUGUGCUUCAUACUUUCCCAUAUUGUGCCUCAAUUGUGUUUGUUAUUUAUCUCUUCUUAGGGGAAGCACUUUUGGUGACUUCUGGUCUUGUUUUAUAUUUUGGGGACAUGUUUACACUCACCUAUUCAAAGAUUCAUGGACAUUUGACAUCAUCAGCGCUUCUGUUUGUAGAAUAUGGAGUCAAAAGAAGUGAGAUAAGCAUCAUUAUUCAGGGCAUAGUGCUUGGUCUCCUUAUCUUUCCAGUAUUCUUUAAAUUUAUUAUCCAAAUUUGGGAACGCUUUACCAGUCCAGCAUCUUCAGUGGAAAGCAGAAACCAUCAUAUUAGAUGCUCUGUCAUUUUUUAUGCUUCCCUGGCAUUCAUCUUGAUUGCAAUCACACCAACAUGGAUUCAGCUUGUUGGAGAUUUUCAUUUGAAUCCUAUAUUAUGGCAUUUUGAAGUUGGUUCUGGUACUGGCAUUGGCAGCAAUUUUAGAGUUGGUUCUGUUGCAUUUGCAUGUGUUCCGUAG